GGACGGUGUGUUUCCAUCGAGGGGGGUGCAGUCCCGUUAACGGAGCGGCAGGAAGGACACACGCUUCACCGAAACACAUAAAGUACAGUAGAGAGCAAGCGGAGGAGAAGAGCGGAAGGAGCUUGAAGAAGCUUGAAGAAGUCUUUCUUGUCUAGAUCAAAGUUCAACAGUCAUCAUGGCAGACGAAGCAGACAUGCGCAAUGAGCUGGCCGACCUGCAGACACGCGCAGACCACGUAGCUGAUGAGUCUCUGGAGAGCACUCGGCGUAUGCUGGCUCUGGUUGAGGAGAGCAAAGAUGCCGGCAUCAGGACCCUGGUCAUGCUGGAUGAGCAGGGAGAACAACUGGAGCGCAUCGAGGAGGGGAUGGACCAAAUCAAUAAGGACAUGAAGGAUGCAGAAAAGAAUUUGAACAAUCUAGGACAAUUCUGUGGUCUAUGUUCAUGUCCCUGUAACAAGAUUAAGGGCGGUGGCCAGGCCUGGGGAGCGAACCAGGAUGGUGUUGUUAACAGCCAGCCUGGGGCUCGAGUGGUGGAUGAGCGUGAACAGAUGGCUAUCAGUGGGGGCUUCAUCCGCAGGGUAACAGAUGAUGCCCGGGAGAAUGAAAUGGACGAGAACCUGGAGCAGGUGGGCGGCAUCAUCGGUAAUCUGCGUCACAUGGCCCUGGACAUGGGUCAGGAAAUUGACACGCAGAACCGCCAGGUUGACAGGAUCAUGGAGAAGGCUGAUUCCAACAAGACCAGGAUCGACGAGGCCAACCAGCGUGCGACGAAGAUGUUGGGCAGUGGCUAAAAUGCGGCGAAAAAAGUGCUUUCAUCCCCCUUUUAACCCCAGAAACCCUGAAACAACAACAUCAACCAAAACCCAGUCCAUCACCAACGGCGCCCACUUCCUUGGCUCAACGGCAGGCGCUGUGUAAAUCAUGCUUAUAUUGUGAUACUUGUAGAAGUUUGCACACGUACACAUAUCAUACAUUCCUCAGCCCUCAUUCCUCUCAUCCCUGCCCGUCACCUCCUUCAGCCCCCCCCCUUCUUAUUACCGUUGUUCUGUGUUGUCAAUCUCUUAUGUUUGUUAGGAAAUAGUAGUUCUGUCACUAAACAUCCACUCAAACUCUCUCUACACUGUACCAAUGGUUCUUCUAUGGCUUCAUUGAUUCUAGAUCACGCGUCCUGUUUUCUUCAUCGCUCUUUUUCUAAGCCUGUGUGUAAUGUAAACUAUAUGUACAACAUGUACUCACCCCCCUGUCAGAAUUCUUGUGUCGUCAAUGUAAGACACACUGUGUAUUCAUCAGUUGUGAUGUGACGCUACAUGAUAGGGCCAAAGAAAUUUGCCGUUAAUAUAAUGGACAUGAAACCUGCACUUGUUCAUAACCAAGGCCACUAUUUAAAUACAGAUAUUUAAUGUACAUAUGGAGCUGCUUGGAUCUUAAGAACAUAGUAGACCAAGGUAUUUCGAAGUAUUUGAGCCUCUUGGAUGAAAAUGUGAAUGUUGGAGCAACCAGUAUCGUGUCAACCCUAUUGAUGGAGCAGUAUUCAAACAAUUAGAGACCAUAGAUUGUAUAGUCUGUACGUUUUCCUCAGGGAGCUAAAUCUAACCAUUCAAAAGCGGGAUGAGUUUUUAAUCAAUAUGUUGUCAUUCACAAAAAUUCAUACAUGCAUCAUAUGGCUCUAUGUAUGGUUGAAAAACUGUGUUUGUGUGUUGUCUGAUUAUGAGGAGGUCUUAACCACCAGACAAAUAUUGGACAUUAAUCAUAAAAGCUAACAUAGUGAUUGAUGAUGAAAAGGUGGUGGAGCAUUGCUAGGGAUCAUAGUUCAACAGCAAUCGAUCCACACAAAGUCACAGGAUAUUUCUACCUAUUCACAUACAGGCCAGACCGCUUUACCCAUGUGUCAACCCAAGCAACUUCAAGUAGUGCGUUCAAUCUGUUAUGCAUGUCCAUUCACGGCUAGAAGACACUGAAUAUUUCAUAUAUACAAACCAGAAAUAUCCUAACAUGGCAACUGCAUGCUACAUAUGUAGGCCAGGCCGAGGAGAGGCCCUUAUUUAUCUGCAAUCGUGCCACUCUUUUUGUUUCAUGUCUCUUUACCUUUCCAAACUGUGACCAUCACUGUAAAAUAAACCAAACCAUCAUAAAUGUAGAAAACAAACUGAGCAUCCUUUGUAUUUUUAUGACACUAGAACACGGAUAGUGUUCAUAUUGUGAGAGAAUGAUUUUCAUGGUGGAUCAUUAUGGUUAUUUUUGAACUGCAAUGACAACUGAAGAGCUAAACUGACCAGAUGAGCUGUUGUAAUGCACGCACACACAUAUUUAACGUGUAUACACAUUAAUUCAGAUAUUGAAGUUUACAGAGGCCUUUUUUAAGGUGAUUAAUAAUAUUUUCACAGCUCAAGGGACCAUAAAUGUAAUGUAAUGAUACAACCUACUGUAUUCACCCAAGGCAAGAGAAAGUGUGCUCUCCUGUGCGGCUCCACAUCAAGGUCAGAGGUCAGGGAGCUUAUCCUGACCACUGGUUUUAAAGGUACUUUGAACUUAAUGUCUAAAACAUGCAAUGUCAACAUAUAUUUCAAGCACCUGUCUGUAUCUAGCAUGGUGGAAAAUAUGAGAGCGUCAGAGAGAGAAAGAGAGGAAGAGACAGAGAGGGAAAGACAUGCUGCAGCAUAUAACACUAAUGGAUAUCUACUGUGGUGCCCUGGGCUUAGGACGGAUUAGAGUUUACCAUGUGACGAGGAACACACACACACCCACUCGCACACACACCUCAAGUUGAAUCAAAGGCAGAUACACACCACAGUGUAAUCCACUAUACCUUGCUUACAUCCGUUUCCCUGCUCCUCUAUAUAUUUGUUGUGUGUGCAUGUUCACUCAAUAAAAGUAAAUGGUUGAUUGUUAACAUCCAUCAACAUUUAAAAAUCA